CUGUUAGCAUUUGGUGCUGUCUGUUCAACAUAACGGCGGCUAUCGUUAGCUAAACAUAAACAAGAUAACUGUAGCCCAUUGGAGAAAUUAUGCUCAAGUAAUGGAUUCAAGUAAAACAAUACUCGCUUGGAGUCAGAAAUGUCCCAAGGACUCUCUCUGGCAUGAUGGAACUAAUAUGGGAUGGGUUGCACAACUCGUGAAUUGUGCGCCACAGCAGGAAUCUUCAGCCUUUCAUCUCUUCUCAAAAAAACACAGUCGACCACUGUCAUGGCCUCAAGUUAUCCGUCCCCCUUUGAGGGCACUGGGGAAGUGAAGGAGGGCUUCCUUUGCCCACUGUGUCUAAAGGAUCUUCAGUCAUUCUACCAACUCCAAGACCACUAUGAAGAGGAGCACUCUGGGGAUGACCGCCAUGUGAGGGGGCAGCUCAAAAGUUUGGUUCAGAAGGCAAUGAAAGCCAAGGACAAACUGUUGAAAAAGGAUGGAGACGACAAAACCGAUACAGGCAAAUAUGAGUCCUUCUACUAUGGUGGAGUGGACCCCUACAUGUGGGAGCCUCAAGAAUUAGGGGCAACCAGAAGUCAUUUGGAUGACUUUAAGAAGCACCGGGCAGCCAGGAUAGAUCACUAUGUUAUUGAAGUCAACAAGCUCAUCAUCAGGCUGGAAAAGUUGACAUCGUUUGACAGGAUCAACUCGGACGCAGCCAGAAUCAGAGCCAUUGAGAAGUCGGUGGUGUCGUGGGUGAAUGAUUCAGAUGUCCCAUUCUGUCCUGACUGCGGAAACAAAUUCAACAUCCGGAACAGGCGACACCACUGUCGUCUCUGUGGGUCCAUCAUGUGUAGGAGGUGCAUGGAGUUUGUCCCCUUACCUUUGGCUCAAAAGCUGAUCAGUGGAACAAGAGACGCCUUGUGCGUAACCGGAAGCCCAGGUCACUCCCAGUCUCCCCCAGCAGUGGGUGGUGGCGGCGGUGGGAUGGGCUCCAGGAGAGGCAGCAUCAGCAGUCUGAGCAGUGUCACCUCCAUGCUGGAGGAAAAGGAUGACGAGAAAAUUCGCUGCUGUCAUCACUGUAUGGACACACUGCUGAAGAGACAGCAGAAGUUGGAAGAGAAGGACCACGUACCGGAUGUAGUAAAACUUUAUGAGAGGCUGAGGAUGUGCAUGGAGAAAGUGGAUGAAAAGGCUCCAGAAUACAUCAGAAUGGCCGAGUCUCUCAAUGCUGGUGAAACCACGUACAAUCUUGACACGGCCGGUGGAAUGAGACUGGAAGUACAGAAAUACUACGAACUAAUUGACGCCCUGAGUAAGAAGAUUUUAACACUAAAUGCAAAAGGUGAUCCGCCACCGCAUCCGAAGGCUCUCCAGCUGCAGAAGAUGGUCCGCUAUACAGCCACGCUAUUCGUCCAGGAGAAGCUGUUAGGUCUUAUGUCUUUACCCACAAAGGACAAAUAUGAAGAGCUGAAAGAAAUGAGGAAACAAGAACAAGAGAAGAGACUCCAACAGGAAAGACUGGCAUCCAAGGAGGCCCAGAAAAAGAGGCAAGAGUCUGAGCGACACCGUCCGUCUCCCAACACAAAUGGAGAACUUCCGCAGGCCUCUAGAGCUCCACGCAUGACAAAAGCUGGUGGUUGGCUGCCCUCUGCGGACUCUGCCCAUGCACGCACAGAGCUGGAGGACCCCCUCCUGCAGCAGAUCGAGAACAUUCAGUCAUUCCUCCGUCAGGCACAAGAAGCCCAGAGAGCAGACGAGGUAGCCAUGUUGGAGGAGAACUUGCGCCAGCUGCAGGAUGAGUAUGACCAGCAGCAGACCAGCCUGGCCAUCACACUUUCUCAGAAACUUGCUGAAGAGGAGAGCUUGCAGCAGGGGGAGUUCCAUCGUCUGGAAGCCCGAGAAAAGGAGGAGAGGGAACACUGGGGCCCAGCUGUAGGCUCCACUCAGCCGUCUCCCUGGGAGAGGUCUCUGGAUAUCAGUCCAGCAGGCGGCUUCCAAGAAGAAGAAGACACUGCAGCAGAGGAGCUUACUCCUAAAGCUGAGAGGAGUCCAUCGUCUCUGAGAGCAUUCCCUGCACUCACAAGCCAGGAGGAGUCACCUCCCAGGUUGAGGAGCUUGGGAGGGCAUGUAACCCCCCCUGGUGGUGAAGGACAGAACAGCACCUCCCUUAAUCCUUUUGAUGAGGAAGACUGUACUCCCAUUGAGGAGGAUCCGCCCAACCCCUUCUUUGAGGAUACCAAUAGGGAGCACAAAGAGGAAACCAAUGGGAAGAAAGAAUACAACCCAUUUGACGAAGAUGUAGAGGAGGAAAAACCAAGUAAUGCCCUACAUGGCAACCCCUUUGAAGAGGAGGAGGAUACGGAUACAGGCAACCCUUUCCUGGAGGCCUCUGCAGAUUCCCCAGAAGUCUCAACCAACCCAUUUGACAGGGAGGAUGACGAAGAGGUUUUGCCCGAUGUGGACAUGAUAGAGGAGGAACUGCUGCUGCAGCAGAUUGACAACAUUAGAGCCUACAUUUUCGAUGCGAAGCUCAGUGGUCGUCUGGACGAGGUUGAGCUCUUGUCAGAGAACCUGAGAGAGCUACAGCACACCCUACAGGAACAGAAGAGAAAAAAGCACUGACACCUUUCCUCCAGAGUUUGUUUGAGUUGAGUUUGGCUCUGGCCUAUCGGAAGUCAGAACUUGUGCUUUUGACCUCUGGCAGAAGCGUUGAAAGAAAAUAGAAAUGUAAAACAAAGUGAAGCCAAGAAGCAGUUGUUGCACAUUUCUAAAUCCAUGUUUUGAUGACAAAUUAUUCGUAGAUGAUUUUUAUUUUAAGUAAAUUACGUUAACAGUGCCCAACACAUGUACAAUGCAUUUUAUAAAAUCAAUGCAGCACAGACACGAUGUCAGUGUUGUCAGUGACUCCACUGACAUCAGGUGAGGCCAUUCUGUAGGUUAAGCACAACUUUCUUAAGAGCCAAAACAGUUCAAAAACUUUGUACAAAUAUGUUGCAGAACUUCCAGAUCAGGCUCUUUGAUUUGUAAAAUCCAAGUGACUUCCUUUUAAUCCCAAUUAUACUGAAGUCAUAAUGAUGUACUUACAAGUUCAUUUAUGACACUAGAAGUUUUUGCUGUUGAUUGAGCCGAAGAACAAAACCACAUAUUACUGAUCCAACUGGGCCUAAACAACACUCAGACACAACAAACAUCUGAUCAUUUAAUGAGAAACUGAAGAAAGUAAACUUGUGUUUGGAUGGUCUUGUGUUUAAAUAAAUUGAUUUAAAUGUAACCGCAGGCUUAAAUGAUGAACUUAGUCACAUGACUCGUGCUACUUGUUCAGCAUGUGUGGACGUUAAGUGAUAUAGAAGGGAAAUUAAAGGCACAUUACACAGAAUCCAGCCAUUCUUGUUGCUCCUGUUAUGUGUCCUUCCCUAACACUGACAUGAAUCUUUUAAUAAGUAUAUCAGCGACCUUAUUUUCAUGACAGCAUUUGGAUGAGUAUCUGUCCUUAAAGCGGUUCUUUUUUUUUUUUUGGUAAAACAAACAAACUCAAAUGAACUUAACCUUUCUGUCCAUCUGCAUGGUUUGGUUCAGUCUUUAUUGAUUCAUCUGAAUAAUCUUGUCUGUGCAUCUUGUCUAUGUAAUGUUGGCAUGGUUGCACUUUUGUUUUUAUUUUAUACUACAGUAAGCCAAGUAAACAAAACAUUAUCCAUGCCCUACUGUGCAGCUUCCAAAUGUUUACAGUGGAACCACUGACCCAAUAGAGCACUUAUGUUGCAUGAUUCAUGUGUCUGUAGUUGAAGUGCUGUUUCAUGCUGGUCUUUAUAUUGAACAAACGGCCCAGUG